GGCAAGUUUAGGUCGGUCAGUUUUGUGAUCGACAAAGCCUCUCUGGCCAUUUUGGCGCGAUCUGGUGGCGUAUUAAAUUACGGUUUUUUCCCCAUAACUAUGAGGGUCUACAAAAAAGAUGAGGAGCAAUCCUCGUCUGAUGUACGGGAAUCAGCGGCAAUUUCUCAACACACUGCUGAUCCCUUAUCGAAAGUGGGCAAUAUUAAGCCUGCUUCCAUGACCGAAGUGAGUCCGGUUAUUCCAUCUGAAGACUCACCUGUGUGCAUGGACAUUUCAGUGUCUGCUCCUUCGCCAGCUCACUCAAUUACAUCAGAGGAGAGCAUAGGCAUGCGCUAUCUUUUCGAUGAAGAGGAACUCCUAAUGAGUAAUGACUCUGAGGAGGAUAGUGCUCUUGAUGUCACUGUGGUGGAGAAAAAUGGAUCCACACAUACUGAAGAUGCGGGUACAGCAAAUUAACCUGCAUCAUAGCAAGGCUGCAUCCGCCAGUCUACUGCAACGCCUCAGCAACAACGAGGCUGAUAUGGUCCUGAUACAAGAACCAUGGAUUUAUAAGGAUCUUGUAUGCGGAAUCAGGGCUAAUAACUACAACCUAUUUUAUGCGGUAAAUAAGGUGAUGGUGACCAAACCGCAGUAAGUAUCGAGGGCUCCUGGGGCCAAAUAUGGGCAGUAUCUGCAUAUCUGGCACAUGACCAUGCCACACUACCAUCGAAUGUCCUGAUACAGCUAACAAGCAGCGCCAGGAGACUCGGGGUAGAGCUUCUAAUAGGUUGCGAUGCCAACGCUCAUCAUGAGGUUUG